CCCCCCUCGGAAGGGGGGCGUGGAGGGAACCGGGAUCAGCCAGGGGCCAGCAUGAGCCAGAGGGAGGGAAGUCUGGAAGACCCCCAGGCUGACGAUUCCAUCUCACUCCUUCCCCACUUGGAGGCCAAGAUCCGUCAGACGCACAGCCUUGCCCGCCUCCUCACCAAAUAUGCAGAGCAGCUGCUCCAGGAAUAUGUGCAGCACCAGGGAGAUCCCUUCGGGCUGCCGGGCUUCUCGCCGCCGCGGCUGCCAGUUGCCGGCCUGAGCGCCCCGGCCCCGGGCCACGCGGGACUGCCGUUGCCCGAGCGGCUGCGGCUGGACGCGGCGGCGCUGGCCGCGCUGCCCCCGCUGCUCGACGUCGUGCGCCGCCACCAGGCCGAGCUGAACCCGCGCGUGCCGCGCCUGCUGCGGCGCCUAGAGGACGCUGCGCGCCAGGCUCGAGCCUUGGGCGCCGCCGUGGAGACCGUGCUAGCUGCGCUGGGCUCCACCGCCCGCGGUCCCUGGCCGGAGCCCUCCGCUACUAACGCCGCGGCUGCAGCCACCGCCGCCACCACCACCACCACCACCAGCGCUGCAGGGGUCUUCCCGGCCAAGAUGCUGGGGCUCCGGGUGUGCGGCCUCUACAGCGAGUGGGUGAGCCGCACCGAGGGCGACCUGAGCCAGCUGGUGCCCGAGGGGCCCGCGUGAGCGCGCGCACGGGGGCGACUUCGCGUUGUCGCCUCCUCUCCAUCAGGUUCCUUCUCCAUGUUUGUCUUCACUUCUGUCUCUCCCCGUGUCUGUCAGUGUCUCUGCGAACUGUCCCCUUGCUCUGACUCUGUACCUCUUCUCUUUCUGGUCCUCCUUGUCUGCCCAAGGAACUUUGCUGUGUCCCCCAUUUUCUCGCUUCCCCUCUCUUUUUCUCCAUCCUUGGGCCUGCCUCAGUCUCUUUAGGUCUCCCCUUUACCCAUCUCUGGGGAUCUCUGGGUCUGUUUUCCAUCUCCCUGUGGCCCCACGUGAUCAUGUGUACAUCUGAGCCUCAUCUCAAGGAGGCCACACCUUGUCGCUCUCCCUCAGUUUUGUCCUUUCUUGACCAGGAAUGUGCCUGUUGGUCCUGUGGUGGGUAGGCUACUGCAAACAAAUUUCAGACACCCUCCCCCAGGGUCAUCCCAACUGCUGCCCUCAUUGUCCCCACCCCAUCCCUCUGGGCCCUUCCCCUUCUCCCUUCACUUUGCCCUGCCCUGUGCAGGGAUAGUACAACCCUCACCUCUCAAGCCAGGUCUGUGAAGAGGAAAAAAAAAAAAAACCUCACAUAAUGCCUUAAAAGAGUUUUAUUUGAGAAUAAAUUAUUUUUUUUGUAAAUAAAAAGUUAAAAAAUAAAACUAAAGUUACCUGUAUAUACAGUUGUUGAAAAUGGAGAGACAACUUUGAGAAGAAUAGGGUCCUUGGGGUACAAACUGAUCCCCCACACAUACCCCAAAGGCACAGUCUGCAUAGGAGAUUCACAAAAACCCCAGGACAGGGAUACCACCUGUCAGCCCAAAACAGGAAGUGAAAGUGCCCUGAGCAGGAAACAGAUGUGAUGUGACAUGAGUCCUUAGUUUUUCCAGAAUUCUACUUCCAUUGAUCAGGAAGUGAAACCCAUUUGGAGAUAAAGUGGAACAAUGGCCCAGACAGGCAAAUCAGGAGAGGAAAUGAACUCCAGCAAGAAGAGAGAGCUAUCUCAGAAAGGUCAUAUUGUCACACAGAAAUGGAGGUAGACAGAGACAGGAAGACAAUCCCUGAACUUCCUCCAAUUAUAGAAAGGAGAAAGUCUCAAGGAGAGCCCAGGAAGGAGACCAACUGUCCUCUCCCUAGAGUAGGAGGUAAAGCCUCUUCAAGGGGCUCUUCUUUCCAACUAAGAAGUAGGAAAACAAGUACCACUGGAUUGGAAUCCAUGAAAUAGGACCUAUGGAGACCCAACUAGUUCUGGAAGGGAGGUCAUAGGCAAUAAGGAAUGGAGGCCUGGUAUCCAGAUAAUAUUCUCCAAAACAUGGCACACAAACCCUGGUCUCUAGAGAAGUUGUAGCUCCUUCUCUAUCCCAAAAGCAAGGCAAAAAAGAGUCCAUUGUGAAAGAGGAAGUGUUGCAGCCUCUGACAGGAAGCCCCACUCCUCUAUGCUGGGUAUUUGGCUUUGAGUAGAGCCAAGUCCCUCACAGCUCGAUCUGUCCAGUGGCCAUAUUCCCGGGUCACUACAUAGCCUCGACAUUUUCUCUCAAAGGCUGAGGCCCCAAAGGUAACAAGCCCCAGAGUGUCCUCUUCUGGGGGAAUAGGCAGCCCCAGGGCAGUCAUGAUGGCAGCCAUAUUGCCCAACAGGCCUUGGGCCCUGAGUCUUGCAGCUCCAAGUUGGGCCAGGAGGAUGGGACUGCCAGGAUUUAGGUCACUCUGGUCGUCUCCCACGAGCUGCAGGUGCUGGGUCAAGGCCAGGAAGGCUCCCUGGGCACGGUUCAAUCUCUCCCCAUCAUCCAGGGCAUGCCAGGUCUUGAAGGGGACAGCAGCAGAAGGCAGGCUGCUGAGCUGCAGCUCAGGGGCUGAGAAGCCAGGGUCACUAAAGGGGCUGCCCUGGUGCUGGAGCUGUAUGCGGGACAGAGAGAGACAGAGGUAAGGGGACCAAAGGGAUGUAUGGUGCUGACUCCACAUCUGCACUCUGAGACUGGCAUCUUCCCAGGAGAAUCCACCAUUCACCACCCUUCAGGGAGCUGGUAGGAUGUCCUAAUACAGAUCGAGAGCCUUUUUAGGUUCCAAUUGGUCAUCUUCCAUGUACUAUCUAUAUGACAUCAAAUCACAAGCUUCUGUAACUCCCAUGUAACAAUGUUAUGUGAAGAUGAUGGAAAAUUUAUAUAUGUAUAUGCAUACAUAUAUAGAUAUAUAAACAGCACCUGAGAUACAAUAAAGGAAUUAAAAAGUCAUCAUUAACCAAUAAUAUAUAGAUAUUAAUGAACUCUGUGACUAUUUUUUAAAAAUAUGUUCAAUCUAAGUAUAUUACUGACAAUGUAGUUACGGUUUAAUCUUUUUAUUUAUGGUAUUUAAUUGCUUAUGUUUGUUAAUUUUAUUAUGAUCACUAAUAAAUAAUUGUUAAUGUUGUUUAAUGUA